AUGGCACCUUCCAGUGGCAACUGCCAACCAACCAAGGAAGUAGGAAGCAACCGGGCAACAGCAAUGAGCAGUAUCAAUACCCAUGGAGACACACCCUCAAAGGUUUGGCAUAAAUCAGCCGAGAAACCAUUGAGAUCGAUACUGAUUGCCGUCAAUAGACCCAAAAAUUCCACAACGACCAACCCAGCCAGCAGUAGCACGAGGAAGCCAACCACCCAUAGCAUGACGAAGCCAACCAGCAGCAGUCCGAAAGAGAAAGAGAAAGACGAAGAUGGAUUUUUACCAGUCGAAACACUCUCCAAGCGCCGCCUUUCUCCGAGUCGUCGCGACUCUCAUGCUCCUGCAACCAAACCAGUCAACAACAAUCGGUUUGCCUCCUUGGCAGACGAGGACAACAAGGAGAACACCGCCAAAGAGAAAUGGCAAGCUACUGCCAGCAAGCAACUGAAUGCGGACAAGCAAACGAAUGACCGCACAUCAACUAGGAACAGCAGUAAAAGCAGAAGCCCAUCUAGGAAGAACAGUAGUAAACAUGGGAGUAAGAGCGGCAGUGCCAGCAAUACCAACAAGAAUAGGAAGAAGAACAAGAGCAACAACACUAGUGAUUCUUUGCAUUCUACCAUGAAUUUACAAGAUACCGGAGCAACAACACUAAGCAGUGAAAAUACAACUGACAAGGUGACGACAUCGACGACGAUCAUUGACAAUGAUGGAGUUCUUCCAACAGCCGUGACCACAAACAACAAAAUCAACCGCUCUCCAACAUUGGCAGAAUUGGCGAAAUUCCCUGAACCUACAAGUGACAAAGAAAACUAUGAUAACAAAGAAAACAACACUCAGAAACCUUUAUCAAACCGGGAUCAACUAUUCGUCACUGACAAUCGACAAUGCGAUCGUAACACUAGCACCCCUGACUCGACGUUGGAAGACGAUGUCCUAAAUCAAUUUGCCUCGUUAAAAAUUGCGGGUGGCAAGGAAACACCGCUACGAAAUACGAAACAAGAGAUGACACCAGCAGCGGCAGAAGUAGCAACAAACCAAGAGAAGGCGGGGAACAAUGAAACAACAAGAGCAAAGGCAGUGGCAGCAAUAACCAACAACGAUAUCAAUCUUCAGGUGGCAACUAGGGGAACCCAGAAGCCGGCUGAACCCACGAGUGACGACAAGGUGUGUCACAAGAUUUUGCCAAAAGCAGGAACAACGCGAAAAGCAAAAGUUGCGGCCAUGGCAUCAUUACUUAAAUCCACUCCUCAGCUGACUGCUGCAACACCACCACGAACCGCCAUAAUUCACUUUGAAGAGCCUACUCCAAAAACAAACAAUGCUACGCGUCGAUCCUUUACCUACACAGUGGCGCAGGCAACUAAAGAGACAGAAGAAACCAGCAAACAAUCCAUUCCUACCACCCGACCCGCAGCCCAGCUAUAA